AAUAUCAAAGCUUUGGUUGCCAACCACCAAUGAACCUCAAAGAAGAAGAAGAAGAAGAAGAAGAAGAAGAAGUCUCCAUACAGAGUUGUCAGCAAACUUGAUUCCAGUAGUCAUUAAGAUGCCUUUCAUCGAUUUACAGAGUAAUUUACCGGCCAGUUCAUUCUCGGAGGACUUUCUGAAGAAGCUGUGCUCCUGCACCGCAGCUGCUCUGGGAAAACCAGAGGACAGGAUGAAUUUGGUGGUGAAAGCCGGGUUGCUGAUGCUGAUAGCUGGCUCUUGCUCUCCGUGUGUGAUGCUGUUAGUGUCUGCUAUCAGUGUGACCGACACCGCUGACAAGAACAAGGAGCACAGUGCCAAGAUCUUUGAGUUUCUGACUAAAGAACUUGGUCUGGCUGAAGACAGGAUUGUUAUUCAGUUCCACGCGCUGCAGCCUCACCAGGUCGGGAAGAAGGGAACUGUCAUGAGCUUCUUGUGAAAGACGUUGCUGUGUCUGAUACAUCUCACCAAGUCGUUCCUAAAAGAAAGAGAAUACAGAAUAGCAGAUUAGAUCCGUAUGAAUCACUCACUGAAGUAAAGUAAUUUUAAGGUCAGGUACUGUAUUUUCAUGUCUUAUCCAAGCACGCUGUCCGCCCCAUGUUUAACAUAUCUGCAGUUGUUCCUAAAGCUGUAAAAUAUGAUGUUGAUAAAAAAAAAUUCUAAUUAAAAAACCUGUCGCUGUU